GGUCCCCGGCCCCGGGUGCGGGUGCGGGGCGGGAGCGCGGGAUGGCUGCGAGCCCGCGGGGGUUUCCCCGGUAACGCGGCGCUGGAGCCCGGCUGCGCGUUGGCUCGGGACGGAGGCUCCGGCGCUGCCCCGGGACCCGCCCGCGCCGCCCGCGGGGCCGAGCCGAGCCGAGCCGGGCCGGGCCGGGGGCUGCCGCCGCGCUGCGUGCGGGCCCGGGGGCGGCGCGGGGCUGCGGGCGGCCAAUCCCCGCCGGCGCCUCCCCCGCAGCCCGGCCCCGGCCCCGGCCCCGCUGCCCGCCGCACCUUGCGCGGCUCCGGCCGGGACCCGCCAGCCCCACGGAGCCACGUGCGGCCCCGCGCCUCGUCCGUCACCGCCCGCACCGCACCGCCAGCGCCGCCAGCGCCGCCCGCAGCCCGCCCGCCGCGCGGCCCGUUGCAGGUGCCGACCUGAGGUCACCGUGCUGCCACGCCGUGCCGCACCGCGCCAUGGGGAACUCGGUGAGCCGGCCCAGCUGCCUGGGGCAGAAGACCCAGAAGUCGGAGGAGUUCCUGAAGGAGUCAUACCUCAAGGACCUGGGGCUCGAGGCUGCGCCCCCCGCCACCGGCAGGAACAACGCCGAGGCCCAGGCAGCACCCGCCGAGAAGUCCCCGCUGAGCCCCGUGGUGAUCGAGAACGGCUGGAGCCCGGCGCCGAGCGCGGCCAAGAGCCAGCCCAGCAGCCCCCUGCCCAAGCAGAACAACGUGGAGGUCAAGGUGCAGAACGGCAGCACGGGCUGCAACCCGCUCAAGGCCCAGCUGGAGGCCGCGGGGGCGUCCCGGACCCCCCAGCACGUGUCCGCCCCGCGGGGCUCGGGAAGCAGCUGGCCCUGGAAGCCCCUCACCACGCGGGAGGUGACGGAGGUGACAGAGGUGACGGAGACCAUUGUGACGGAGAUCGUGGAGGUGACCGAGUACCCCGCUGGCGAGCGGGGCGGGGAGCCCGUCGUCACCCGCACCGUGAAGGUGCUGACUGAGCGCUCCGGGGAGCUGGCCGAGGUGACCCAGCGGGUCGUGCCGUUCCUGGAGGAUGCCCCGGGUGCGGAGCCGGCCCAGGACUCGCUGGAGAAGCUGCUGAGCUGGGUGACCGACAUGGAGGACCUGGUGAGCAACCAGAAGCCGCCCUCGUCUGAGGUGAAGGUGGUGAAAGCCCAGCUGCAGGAGCAGAAGCUCCUGAAACGGCUCCUGGAGGAGCGGCGGCCCCGCGUGGAGCGCGUCCUGCAGGACAGACAGCCGCCUCCGGAGCCGGACGGACACGAGGGCCUGGCCGAGCUGCAGGAGAAGUGGGCGCAGCUGAUCCAGGAGGCGGAGGCCAGGCACAGCUGCCUGGAGCGCAUCCUGCCGGCGGCCCAGAGCUUCCAGGAGUCGGUGGACGCCUUCCAGGAGUGGCUCAGCACCACGGAGCGGCACCUGGCCCGGCUCUGGCGUGCCAACGGCUGCGUCAGCCACGUCCGUGACGCCCACCAGCAGAUCCAGGGCCUCUGUGAGGAGAUCCGUCCACGGCUCGGUGAGCUGGAGCGGGCACUGGAGAACGGGCAGCGUGUCCUGGAGAUGGUGACGGGGGAGGAGGCGCAGCUGACCCAGGAGAAGAUAGAGUCCCUGCGCAUGCGCUACCUGAUCGUGGGCCAGAGCAGCAGUGACAUCCUGCACCGGCUGGAGCAGACGCUGGAGGCCUCGUCGCGCGUGGGGCCGGCGCAGGAGGACGUGGCUCUCUGGCUCGGCCGCAUGGAGAAGGAGCUGGCGGCCGGGGACGCCCAGCUGGGGGCCGGGCCGCAGCCCGUCAGCACCAGUGACCAGGAGAAGUUUGAGCAGGUCCUGGACGCCGAGCUCGCGCACCUGGCCCGGCUGGAGGAGCGGCUGGAGGAGCUGGGCCAGGCCCGGCUGGACGCUCAGGCCAUCUGCACGCAGCUCAAUGACCACAAGCUCCUCUCCGCUGAGAUCCUGCAUCACCGCGGCCUGGCGGAGCGCCUGCUGGGCAUCUCGGCGCUGCUGCUCCACGCCUGCCCCCCACCCCGCCAGCAGCACCUCCAGCCGUCGGUGCAGACCCUGCGGGAGCGCGCGGAGCCGCUGUUCCUGCGCAGCGCGGCCAGUGCCAUGCAGCUGGAGCACGCCCAGGCCCUGCUGGCCCAGUUCUCCGAGGCGCACGAGGAGCUCGCGCCCUGGCUGCAGGAGACGCAGCUGGCGGCCGCACGGCUCUGCCCCCAUGACAUCAGCUACGAGGCCUUCAAGGAGCAGCAGGGGCUGCUGCAGAGCCUGCGGGAGGCCAUCGCGGAGCACCGGCCGCCGAUGGCGAAGCUGCAGCGCGUGUCGGCGCAGCUGGCAGAGCUGAGCCCGGAGCAGGGCGCCGCUUUCCAGCAGCGCUGGCAGGAGGCCGAGGAGCAGUACGGCCGCAUCCGGGAGCGUGUGCGCCGGGCGGCCGCCGUGCUGGAGGACGCCAUCCCGCGCUACAGCCAGCUCACGGAGCGCAUGGACCUGCUGCGGGAGUGCCUGGAGCGGCUGCAGAGCCGUGUGCAGGACCCCCCCACAGCUCGGGGCGACGCCACCCACCUGCGCGAGCAGCUGCGUGAGAACAGCCUGGCCCUGGGCGAGCUGGAGAAGCUGGGGGCGGCGCUGGAGACCGUGCGUGUGCAGGGCGCCGAGCUGCUGGCUGGCAUGCAGGCCGCCCAGCCCAAUGCCGCAGCCACAGCCAUCCCGGAGCGCACGGAGCAGCUGCUGAGCCAGUGGCGCAGCCUGCGUGGGCAGUGCCAGGAGCGCGAGCGCUGGCUGCGGGGGCUGCUGGUGCUGGCCGAGCGCUUCUGGCAGGGGCUGGCCGACCUGGCGCUCAGCCUCGGCGACACGCAGCAGGCCGUGCUGGACCUGGAGGACGCCGGCCCCGAGCCCGAAGCCGUGCGUGCGCAGCUCGGCGCCAUGCAGGCGCUGCGAGAGGAGAUCGACUCACUGCAGCAGGACUUGGACUCGCUGGGUACCCUGGGCGUGGAGCUGAUGUCGGCCUGCGGGGACUCGGACAAGCCCGACGUCACCAAGAGCCUGGAUGACCUCUACUCGUCCUGGCACAGCCUGAGCAAGGCGUGGGCCGAGCGCAACGUGCGCCUGGAGGAGCAGCUGCAGGCCUCGCUCGCCUACCAGGAGGCCAUGCAGCGGCUCGUGGAGUGGCUGGACGCGGCGGAGCUGCGCAUCGCCGAGGAGUUCCUGGUCGGCGGGGACCUGGAGAUGGUGCGGCGGCAGCUGGCCGAGCUGAAGGACUUCAAGCGAGAGCUGUACCAGUGCAAGGUGGACGUGGAGAGCCUGCGGCACCGCGCCGGCCCCGAGGACCGCGGCCCCCCCGCCCCCCUCCGUGCCUUCCGGCAGCGCUGGGACCGCCUGGAGGAGGAGAUCGUGAGCCGCCAGCACCAGCUGGAGGCGGCUCUGCUGGGCCUGGGGCAGUUCCAGCACCAGCUGGAGGAGCUGGUGCAGUGGCUGUCCUGCACGGCCCAGCAGCUGCAAGGCCCGACCCCGCUGAGCCUGGAUCUGCAGAGCUGCGAGAUCGAGCUGGCCAAGCACAAGGUGCUGCGCAACGACGUCCUGUCGCACGCCCGCACGGUGCAGUCGGUGAACGAGGCGGGGCAGGGGCUGCUGCUCUCCAGCCUGGGGGACGCCGUGGACGGGCUGCAGUGCAGCCUGCAGCAGCUCAACCAGCGCUGGGACCUCGUGCGCAGCGAGACCGAGAGCCGCCAGCUGGAGCUGGAGAACAACCUCAGCCAGGUGCAGGACGUCAUGCUGGAGAUCACGGACCUGCUGCAGUGGCUGGAGCACGUGGAGCUGCGGCUCUUCUUUUCCAAGCCAGGCUGGGGUCACCCCGACACCACCAAGGAGACGCUCGCAGCACACCUGGAGCUGUGCAAGGAGAUGGAGUCAAAGCAGCAGGCGUACAAUGGCGUGCGGGACCGGCUGCAGCGCCUGCUGGCCUCCUGCGCCGCGGCCCGGCCCUGCAGCACGGAGCACAGCCUGCGCAUCCUGGAGCAGAAGUGGGAGAGCGUCCACGCCGAGGUGCAGGAGAGGAAGGAGCGGCUGGCCGAGGGGCUGACGGUCACCACCGAGUUCCACAGCACGGUGCAGGAGCUGCUGCAGUGGGUGGCGCAGACGGACGAGAGCCUGAGCGCGCCCCCGGCACCCAGCUUCGUCCUGGAGACCGUCAUGCAGCAGAUCCAGGAGCACAAGGUGCUGGUGAAGGAGGUGAGCGCCCGCGGGGAGAAGCUGGCCGGCCUGGAGGCCGUGGCCUCGCGCCUGAAGGACUUCAGCCGGAAGCAGGACGGCGCGGUGGUGCAGAGCCUGGUGCUGACGGCCAAGGAGCGGCUGGCCAAGGUGCUGCAGCGCACCGCCGAGCGCGGCACCGCGCUGGAGGAUGCUCGCAAGCGCGCCAAGCAGUUCAGCGAGUCCCGGCGGCUGCUGCUGGACUGGAUGGACGAGGCGGAGCAGGCGCUGGAGGCCCCCGGCGAGCCGCCCGCGAGCCAGGAGGAGAUCAAGUGCCAGCUGGCUGAGCACAAGGACUUCCAGAAGGUGCUGCGAGCCAAGCGGCCCGUGUACGAGGCCACGCUGCGCAGCGGGCGCGCGCUGCGGGAGAAGGCGCAGCUGCCUGAGGACGUGCAGCCACUGGAGGAGCUGCUGGGGCAGCUGCGGGAGCGCUGGGACGGCCUGAGCAGCCGUGCCGUGGAAAGGCAGCACCAGCUGGAGGAGAGCUUGCUGUUCUCGGGGAAGUUCACGGACGCGCUGCAGGCGCUCAUGGACUGGCUGUACCGGGCCGAGCCGCAGCUGUGCGAGGAGGCGCCCAUCGGGGGCGACCGUGACCUGGUCAGCGACCUCAUGGACAAGCAUAAGGUGUUCCAGAAGGAGCUGGGCAAGCGUGCCAGCUGCAUCAAGAUGCUGAAGCGCUCGGUACGGGACCUGACCCGCGGCAGCAGCAGCGCCGACUCCCAGUGGCUGCAGAAGCAGAUGGAGGAGCUGAGCACACGCUGGGACCUGGUCUGCAAGCUCUCCGUGUCCAAGCAGGCCCGGCUGGAGGCUGCACUCCGGCAGGCGGAGGAGUUCCACACGCUAGUACAAGCCUUCCUGGGCCGCCUGUGCGAGUCGGAGAAAGCCCUCAAGUACGGCGUCUUCCCGGAGGAGGAGGCCGCAGUGCAGGAGUGCCAGAGCCAGCUGCAGGAGCUGAUGAAGACGCUGCAGUGCCAGCAGCUGGAGCUGGAGUGCAUCGCGUCGCUGGGCGAGGAGAUCCUGGCUGCCUGCCACCCUGACGCCAUCAUCACCAUCAAGUCCUGGAUCACCGUGGCCAGGAGCCGCUUCCAGGAGGUGCUGAGCUGGGCGCAGCAGCAGGGCGAGCGGCUGCAGGCGCAGACGGCCAGCCUGGCGGCGGAGCGGGCGGAGACAGCGCGGCUCAUCGACUGGAUCACGGCCGCCGAGGAGGCGCUGGGCCUGCGUGACCAGGAGCCGCUGCCCGAGGACGCCGAGCAGCUGGAGGAGCUCAACGCCCAGCACACGGUGUUCCUGGAGGAGCUGAACCGCAAGCAGCCGGACGUGGAGAAGGCCACCAAGAGCUGCAAGCGCAAGCUGGGCCCCGAGCUGGGGCCGCCCGCCGCCCGCCGGCUCUCCGCACGGCGCCGGAGCACCGCCAAGGCCCCCCACGCCGUCCCCGCGGUGCCGCUCGUCGACCUGGAGCCCCAGAGCCCGCUCAUGGCCCAGCUCCUGCACCGCUGGCAGCAGCUCUGGCUCCUGGCCCUGGACCGGCAGUACCGGCUCCAGACGGCUCUGCAGCGCCUGCGGGAGCUGGAGGAGUUUGCGCACUUUGACUUCGGGGUCUGGCGGAAGCGCUACAUGCAGUGGAUCAGCCACAUGAAGUCCCGGGUCCUGGAUGUCUUCCGCGGCAUCGACCGGGACCAGGACGGGCGCAUCAGCCAGCGCGAGUUCAUUGACAGUGUCCUUUCCUCCAAGUUCCCCACCAACGUGCUGGAGAUGAGCGCCGUGGCCAACAUCUUCGACACCAACGGCGACGGCUUCAUCGACUACUAUGAGUUCGUCAGCACCCUGCACCCCAACCGGGACCCGCUGCGCCGGGCCGGCGACGCCGACCGCAUCCAGGACGAGGUCAACAGGCAGGUGGCCCAGUGCAACUGCGCCAAGCGCUUCCAGGUGGAGCAGAUCAGCGCCAACAGGUACCGGUUUGGGGAGUCGCAGCAGCUGCGCAUGGUGCGGAUCCUGCGCAGCACCCUGAUGGUGCGCGUGGGCGGAGGCUGGAUCGCGCUGGACGAGUUCCUGGUGAAGAACGACCCCUGCCGAGUGAAGGGGCGCACCAACCUGAAGAUCAACGAGAAGUACCUGUCCCCCGAUGCCUUCGGGGCCGCGGCUGCCGCCAAGUGCUCCGGGAACCAGUCGGCCCCGUCCUCCAAGGUGCUGUCGCCCAGCCGCUCCAACUCCAGCCUCAGCCUCUACAGCAGCGCCUCCGCGCCCAGCAGCCCCCUCGCCCGCAAGUCCGUGCUGCGCAGGACGCGCUCCGGCGACCGGUGCCAGCGCUCCCGCGGCUCCCUCCUGGCCGACGGCGCCGAGCUGCGGUUCACCGCGGCCGAGGACAGCGCCGACCCGGCGCCCCCAGAGCCCCCCGAAGGCCCCCCCACCUGAGAGCCGCGGCCGCCGUCCUGCGCCUGCGGAGACGCCUCCCCACGGGCAGAGCCGAGCGCCUGGCCCCACUCAGGACUUCCCACCUGCCCCCGGGCCGCAGCGCCGGCCGCACGCCGCGGGCCCACUGCUCGGGGCCGCAGCGCGGCUCUGCGAGGGCCGAGCUGUCUGCGCCCGCCGGCACCCGCUGGGCCCGGCCCAGGAUAUAUGCAAACACCCGUGACCCCCCGCCUGCCCACCCACCCCGGCACUGUACAUACCCCCGGCUGGGCGCCCGCAGGCAGCACGGGGGGGGCUUAGGGCAGCAUCGUGCCCCCAGGGACACGGCCCCGAUCCUGCGGACCCCGGUGCCCCCCAGCGGGGACCUCGGCCUGUGGGGGCAGGCGGCCCCGGCGGCGGCUGCCCCUUGACCUCUGCCCCCCUGCCCGGACCCUGCUGCCCGGUGGGGCUGUGACCUGGGCCGUGCCGGCGGCAGGAGCCCUUCUCCGGUGCUAACCCCCGCCCCGGCCCCUGCAGCCGGUCGGCAGCCCCCAGCUGCUCCCCGGCCUUGCCGAGCUGGGGUCCCCGAUGCCGCCCGCCCUGCCCCUGCCGAGCCCCGAGCCCUGCCUGCAGCGCUGCCCCCCGGCCGCAGGGCCCGUCCCGCUGGCCUCGGCCGCGCAUGUCCCCGUCACCCCUCGCUAACCUGACAGCAAUAGAGCUGAAUGUACCCGCGGGCCUGGCCGCGCCGCGCCGCCAGCGACAGUAAAGAGUAGAUUUUUCUAUGAGCA